ACACGGAUUUAUGGCGGUUUGCAGUUGCAGAUCAAACCGGCAACGACCCUGACAGCUGACGGUGAGUUGUAAGUAGUAAGCAUAAACUCGCGGUUGGCUGGCGCGAGCCUUCGGCGCCAAGCAGGCUCGAAUCCAAAUCACAUCUCCUCGAGCCGAGACGAGACGAGACGGGUUCGUCUCCUUUAUAUUGCUCCGUGUCCAACCAAUCCCCGGUCAUCUCGCCUCGUCUCGUCCCGUCCCUGCGCUGCACGUCUCCGCCUCCAAGAGUCUUCUUCCUCUCCCAUGGCGGCGGCCAUGGGCGCCGAGGCCGAGAUUGCGGCGGCGGUGGCGCCGGCGGCGACUGAUGAGUGUGGUGGAAAGGCGGCGGCGAUGGGGGGAGUGAAGCAGCGGCGGGGAGGAGGAGGAGGAGGAGGGUGGGUGAAGAGGAUGAUGACGACGACGACGGCGGUGCCGAGGAGGCGGGGGCACUACACGCCAGUGGGCGUCGAGGUCGAGCUGCACGGCUCGGCGGCGGCGGGGGCCGAUGAGGAGAAGCCGCCGCGGCGGCGGGGAGGGUGGCUGCGGCGGAUGAUGGUGCCGCGGGAGUGCGUGCACGGGCGGCAGCAGCGGUGGUGGAAGCUGCAGGCGGGCGGCGGCGGCGGCGGGUCGUCGUCGAGGCUGGCGGCGGGGCUGACGCGGUCGCUGUCGCGGUGGAAGACGGCCGGGAGCGGCGGCUGGGCGACGGCGGUGGCCGACGCCGUGGCGUUCCGCGUGAUGUACGUGGUGGAGGCCGUCGUGCUCGGCCUCGCGCUCUCCUGCUUCUUCUGCUGCUGCGGCUGCCAGAUUUAAACCAAUUCUGCUCGCCGCAGCUGGCCGCGUUCGUAACCAUCAUGCAUGUAUGUAAUUUUUUUGCUUGUGGUUAAUUAGUUCGAUCGUGUUGUAAAUCUGCGCCCUUAAUUAAAUCCGUACGAUUUAACGGAGAUCAUCUUACAUUAACC